GGCGGAACCAUGCACGAAUUAAGCUUGUUACGACCUUAUGACGCGAGGAUGGGUGGGGAGCAUGAACAGCGUGAGCUUCUGUUGCCAGAGGAGGAAGACGGGGGCGACUCUGUUUGACGUUUGCUGUUUGAGUUUGCGAGAGGGGAGAAUGUGUGGCUGGGGAAGACAGAGGUGAGAGAUGAGAUGAGAUGAAAUGAGAUUGUGAGGACGAAACAACUUACAAGAGAAUGCCGAUCAGAACGUCAACCUCAAACAUCGCCUGGGAUUCUGGAAACGGGAUUUGCAGCGAGCGACAUCUGAUCGGCCCCAAGCUGUCACUGUCUGUCACCAGGGAAAACUCCACCAGUUGGCUUGUCCAAUGCAAAGGGAAGUCCCGCCGCCUGUACGCCUUCGAUUCACUUAACCAGAAAACUCUAACUCCACCCAAACAACGAAUGAUAUGCAAGCACACGGCACAAAACCCGCCAUAUGGAAUUUACAUAAUUCUCACUCAGCCAGAGUCGAGAAUCGAGAUCACGAUUCACGGCUCGUUCCAGACACCGCGAGCCUCCCUAGCGAAUGGAAAGGCUGCAGUCGAAAGCCUUGUGGUGUUAUCCUCGUCUAUUUUACCUCAGCUCGGGCGACACUCGUUUGCGUUCCUGCAAACGGAUGCGCCGCAAUCAAGAGUCGAGGCCACUCAAAAGUCCGCGUUUCCGCAUCGGAGUUUGCAAUGGCGAGCUGAUGUCUGUUGGCGGCGGGCGGUGGGAGUUUGGCUUGCUGAUUUCGGCACAGUCGGGAAGAGGACGAGCUGUUUUUGAACAGCGCAUUUUUGCCUGGAAUUUUGGUGCUGAUGGAUGUGGAGAGAUUAGAUCAGAUGUUGCGCCCUGGAUGUGAAUAACCGGUUAUUGUGAAGACUGAUGAUAAUAAGCUUCACGAAACAUCCG